AUGAUUUCAUUUUGUACUUUUGACUUUGAUUCUGAUCCUGAUCUUGAUGAUGACCUGCCAGAGCUUGAUCAGACACUCCCUGCUAUAAAGUUAGGGAUGGACGUUCACAAGCACUACUGGAAUUUCUUGAAUCUUGUCAGGCAGGCAUUAGAGAAAGCCUUAAAACAAGUGGAAAGAAGUCCUGCUUGUGAAGAAGUUUUAAAUGACAAAACUUCAUAUGAAGAAUUACCUGUCGAUCCAAACCCCAAUUACAGAGAAGAACUUGACAAAAUAAUUCUGGAAAUGGAGGAAGACAAUUUCGUUAAUAAGGCUAAAUCUAAGAUUUUAAGGUCAGAAAGAACACCUGUAUUUUAUGGUCUCCUUAAAAUACACAAAAAGUUUGCAAGAUUUCCUCCAAUGCGCCCAAUUUGCAGCAGAUAUGAAUGCUGCAUAGCCAACAUUUUGGAAUGGCUGGAUGGCUUUCUAAUCCCUGUUGCAAAACGAUCAAGUUCCUAUAUUCGGGAUACAUUUGAUUUUGUAUCUAAAAUCAACAACUUUUUUAACCACCGAGGCUGUAUUAAGAACUGUUUUUUGGUAACUAUGGAUGUUUCUUCCUUAUACCCCAAUAUUGACCACAAUGAAGGGGUAGAGGCAUGCAUGGAUGCCUUCGAAAAACAGUCAAACAAAAGUAUUCCAUCAAAUUUUCUCUGUAGAUUAUUGAGGUUUGUGUUAGAAAAUAACACAAUGAAGUUUAGACAAAGAUUUUACCACCAGGUGAAGGAUUGCACCAUGGGUACCCCCGCAUGA